GACAGGAGAGGGAGGAGCGCCCCCCAGCCUGCUUGCAGAUGGAGAAGGCCCCACGGGGGGGGCCCGGGGCUAGGGGCUGCUGGCGUUGCUUCUGGGAGUUCUGGGACUACGAGACCCCCAAAGUGAUGGUGGUGAAAAGCCGCAAGCUGGGCGUCAUGUACCGAGGGGUGCAAGGGCUGAUCCUGUUCUAUUUUGUCUGGUACGUGUUCAUCGUCCAGAAGGGCUACCAGGAGCGCGAGACGGGCCCCGAGAGCUCGGUCGUCACCAAGGCAUUCGUGGCCGUGGAAAGACGCUUUACGGAGGGGACCCCCCUCCCCAGCAAGUGGCUGACUCUGGUUUCUGCCCUGGCCAGCGAGUCCCUGGGGGAGAUGGCCGCCCGGUUCACCAUCCUCAUCAAGAACAACAUCCACUUCCCACGCUUCCGGUUCUCCAAAGGGAACGUGAAGGACGAUCAAACCGGCUACCUGAGCGCCUGCACCUUCAACGAGACCACGGCCCUCUACUGCCCCAUCUUCCGCCUGGGCUCCAUCGUGGAGCAGGCGGGUGAGAACUUCACGGCCUUGGCCGAGCAGGCGGGCAAGUUCAGCCUGAUCCCCACCAUCAUCAACCUGGCCACGGCGCUGACCUCGGUGGGAGUGGGCUCCUUCCUCUGCGAUUGGAUCUUACUGACCUUCAUGAACAAGAACGAGGUGUACAGCACCUGCAAAUUCGACCAGGUACCGUCCCGGCUCCUUGCUCCUGCCAGGCUGGGAGGGACCUACCAUGGCCCCCUUCCCCGGCACGGUGGUGGGGGGUUACUGUCCACAUCACAGCACAGCUGGAGCAAAGCCAUCCCGGCUCCCACCACUAGACUCCACUGCCUCUAGUGAGAAAUCCUAGCAGGAAGCCAUGGACCAAGCCUGAGUCAUUAACUGCUCCCUCUCCUCUAUCCGGCCAGAUGUCCAGUUGUGUGGAGAAGACCCCACCAGCAGGCACCAUAGAAGACGCCUGCCCCGGCUGGGUCUCUCGGCCGGCCCCCCGGGUUCCAGACCGCUCUGAGCUUCCUCCGCCCCCCCACCUGCUGCUGUGACAUUGUCGGAUGUUAGUAGCACGGCGAGGCAGGGGUGUGCCCCAGAUUCAGGGCCGAGGGCGGUGGCCAAGGAAAGCGCCCACUUUGCCAACUCAACUUCCAUGAUGCCUGUGCUUGUAGGAUUUUGGUUUGCGAAGUUACGCCGACGGUCCCGGCCCUCGUUUUUCGACAUUUCGCUCUGGGAGAGGGCAGCAAGGGUCCCCCCCUACUUGCGAGGGGUGGUGGCGUGAAAAAUGGCCCAUAAAAGCAGCCAAGAAACUUCUGAAUUCUGCUAGUUGCUUCCAAAGGACCAUGGCCAACUUUGUUGAGCAUGGGACCGCUC